AUGCCAGAGCCCGAAAAAACACCUGCGCCAACGAGGCGUUUCCUUCCUCCAUCUUCUUCGUCGACGGCCAAAGCAACUAUACUUUCCUCUUCCGUGCGCAGGAACCCGUUCCAGAGCACGCGCUCCACACAGCCACCACCUUCUGCGACCUCUUCUUUCGCCGGCACGCCACGGUUUCAGCGGCCCACGCCGACGCUCCAGGAUGACAUUCAAACGAGUUUUGACGACGACCCCGCCUCGGCGAUGUUGUCGAAGACCGGCUUGAUAGGUGGCAAGGGAGGUAUCCCUGACCUCGACGACGACGAAACUCACCAAACGCUCUCACCACUGUACAGUCGAGGGGCUCGGGCAGCAGAAGGCGUGCACGAACACCACGCCGAAAGUGAAGCGUCGCCUCUGCAGCAUCGACUGAGAAAAUCUGCCCCGGCCACCAAACGACGCAAGGUGUCGCACUACGGAGCUAGCGUCGUUGAGCCCAUUGCGAUUUCGUCCUCCCCGGAGGAUGAUAGCCCUGAUGAAGCCAGUUUCCAGAUCGACGCCGGCUCACGAGCCUCGCAGUCCGAUCUAGAUGAUGACGAAGGUCGGCCUACAGGGCGGCCAGCAGCAGCAGCCAACGAAUCGAGCAGGAUCACACGCUUCAGGCCCGUCGCUCAAGGAUUGAGUCCACCCAGCCCAGUCUCAAGGACCGUCUUCAAAACCGUGCCGGAAGACUACCCCCCUGGAUCUGUCGGAAGCGGACCUGUCCUGCCGGACAUAUUCUCGCCCUCGCGCCGCAAGGGCAAGAGGGACUAUAUUCCCGGAGGCAGCGCGUCCCUGGUCAGAAGCUGGGUGUUGGACAUCGCGACCCGGGAGUCCCACGCUGAGUCGCUUUCGGAGGAAAUGCUCCGGAUAGCGGCAAUCGAGAAGGACGCCAGUGGACGUUUUGUCAUUGUGUCCGACGAGGAGGGCGCACGGUGGCUGCUCCCAGAGCAGCAUGGGAGACCCGGUCGAAGCUCCAGCUCCAACUGGUCCGAUCUCCGGCCCGGGUCGCACGUUCGCAUCAAAGGCAAAGCCACCAGGUGGUCUCUCGACCUCGAGCCGCAAGGUCUGGGGAGUCUUGUCGUCGCUGCCUACUGGGAGCCCAUCUCCCCCGGUUGAAUGUACUUCGCCCGUGCAGCCUCGCAA